AGCCCCUUCCACACGACACUCUCUAUUCCACAACCCCCUUCAAAUCCGCCAAGAUGUUCAAAAAGGACAUCUCCCCCGGCUCGAAAUCCAAAGUCAAGUCCUCCGUCCAACGCGCGAUCCGCAACCAGCUCGUGACAACAUACCCCCUCCUCGCACCACACAUCGACGAGAUCAUACCGAAGAAAGAGCAACUGGAUGCUAUGAAAAUUCCAGACAGAGUAACCCUCUACCUAAUCGGCCCCACCCCCCUUUUCUACCAACAUAUGACUGAUGCUCUUCUCCCACACCUCCGGCUCGUACACCGUUUCCCGACCUGCUUCCCAAGCAUCCGCAUCGACAGGGGAGCAAUCCGCUUCGUGCUCUCGGGUGCUACGCUCAUGGCGCCGGGGUUGACUUCCACUGGUGGGAGACUGCCAUCUGGUGAUGCUGAGGAGAAGGGGGGUUAUGGGGAACAUGGGGGGAAGGAAGGCGGGGAAGCGGAGAAGGAGGGCUGGUAUGGAGGCAGAGAGCUGGACAAGGGAGAGCCGGUUGUGGUUUGUGCGGAGGGCAAGGAGGAGGCGUGCGCUGUGGGGAUACUGAGUAUGGGGACUAAGGAGGUGAAAGAGAAGGGGAAGGGGCCGGUUGUGGAGGAGGGGCAUUAUUUGGGGGAUGGGCUUUGGAGGUUGGCUACUGAGUAGAGAUGGGGUUUGAGGAAGUGAGAUACUUUGAGUCUUGUGGGAGGGACAUAUGGGAUGGGCUUACGACAUGGAGGCAGGGAGAGUCUCUCAAAGUAAAUGUCAAUGUGGGACAAAAUUCUGAAGGUCAGCACAUGCGGGAACGCUGCUCGAGGUUCCCAAUCUGUCCACCAGUAGGGAAAAGCCAGAAAUAGGAACGGGCCCAUUCCCUUGGGCCAACAUAUCCCGCUCAGUCUUACAAGUCUUUCCUAGCCCCUCAAUCUGCUAAAUGUACAUGGCCAAGUGGCAAACCAUCAUUACAGGGCAGGAACUUGUUCAGUCUCCACUUGCACAAUCAAGCGGUUUCAAAGUAAAAUCGUUCUAGCGGAUGGAUCAAGGCAGAGAAGCGUCUAUAUACAAAGUAUAAGUACACCUCUAU